AUGAGAACGCUAUGUAAGGCCAAGAUCACUAGUACCUUUAAGAUAACGAAGGAUGCGUUGUGCCACGGUCCAAUGUGUGCGCGAAGGAUUGGCCAUGUAGCGCGCAAGAUUGUUGAGGGGAAAACUAAUGUCAGGGCGUGUGAGCACGGACAAGCAUUGGAGGGUACCAACGAGCUUACGAUAGGCACAGUCGAAGCGGGAGCCGUCGUUAGUACCGAUGAUGUCUUGAGUAGCAGGGGUAGGGGCGACAUGGGCGUCGAGAAGGGCAGAAGUUGUUAG